UAUAUGGAGGAUGGUAUAUAUAACAUGGAUGAAACAGGUCUAUUCUGGCGUCUAUCUCCAUCCAGAGGCCUUUAUACACAGGCUAGAACAGGUGUACGAAAAGACAAAUCACGAAUCUCAAUAAAAUGCUGUAUCAAUGCAUCUGGCACUGAUCGCUUACCAAUAUGGUUUAUUGGUGAAUACCAAACACCACGGGCUCUUCGAAACAUCAAUAUCCAGGUGAUGGGAGGCCAGUGGCGCUGGAACAGAAAAGCUUGGAUAGAUAUAAUAAUCAUGAAAGAAUAG